CGCCCACACUGCAACAUCCGCGGGAUCGGUUUGGCCUGUCUAUUCUCCUCCCAAAUAGUCACAUUGAACCCUGCACACAAUGAGUUCACCACCACUCCGUCAGAGCAAUUCCGCCGCAAACCGCGGGCUCGGAAAUCUCAAUCGACGGAAGAGAUCCAGAGAGCCUGAUGAUGAUGCCGCUUCAAGCCUUCCGCCAUCCAGCCCUCCCGCUUCCUCCCCUCCUAGGAUGCCUUUUGAUGAUGACGACCGAGACGAAGACGCCGAUAUGGACGACAUUGAUGAUAUUGAAGAACUGGCCGAGGAUGAGGGAGGGAUUGAUCUGUUCGACGAUAAUUUCGAGAGAGAUUAUCGGAGCACCGCAGACGACCGCUACCGAGGACAGUACAUCGAUGAUGACGAUGAUCAUGAAGAGCUUGACCUGGGCGCCCGUCGCGAGCUGGAGUCUCGCAUGAACCGCAGAGACCGCGAACUUGAACGCCGCCGCAAUUUGCCUGCAGCUUUCCUGCCGGAUGAAGAUGGCGAUUUUGAUCUCGCUCGCCAACCUCGUCGACGGAGGCAUCAGUAUGAUGAGGACCAAGGCGAUAUUGAGAUGGGCGGUGAUACCAUGGAGGAGCUCUCUCUGACCGAAAUGUUGGAUGUCAAGGCCACUAAUGUUACUGACUGGGUCCUCCAGCCCCAAGUGCUUCGCUCCAUCUACUCACAGUUCAAGACUUUCUUGACCGAAUACAUCGAUGCCUCCGGUGCUUCCGUGUACGGAGACAAGAUCAAGCUCCUGGGUGAGGUCAACUCUGCCUCUCUUGAGGUGUCCUAUGUCCACCUGAGCACCGCCAAGGCGGCGCUUUCGUUUUUCCUUGCGAACGAACCUACUGAGGUGCUCAAGGUUUUCGAUCAAGUCGCUCUUGACUGUACCUUGUUCCACUACCCGCAGUACCACGAUAUCCAUAACGAGAUCCACGUCCGUAUCACAGAUCUUCCGGUCACGUACACGCUACGACAGUUGCGUCAGCAGCAUCUCAACUGCCUCAUUCGGGUCACUGGAGUUGUCACACGCCGCACCGGUGUUUUCCCUCAGCUGAAAUUUGUCAUGUUCACUUGCAGCAAGUGUAACAUCACGCUGGGUCCAUUCCAGCAGGAAGCCAGUCAAGAAGUCAAGAUCUCGUACUGCCAGAACUGUCAAUCGAAAGGACCGUUCACUGUCAACUCGGAGAAGACCGUCUACCGCAACUACCAGAAGCUGACUUUGCAAGAGUCCCCUGGCUCUGUUCCCGCCGGCCGUCUGCCACGUCAACGAGAAGUCGUGCUUCUGGCUGAUCUGAUCGACUCGGCCAAACCCGGAGACGAAGUUGAGGUGACGGGUAUCUACCGCAACAGCUACGACGCCCAGCUCAACAACAAGAACGGGUUCCCCGUCUUUGCAACCAUCAUCGAGGCGAACCACGUUGUCAAGUCCCAUGACCAGCUGGCUGGUUUCCACUUGACCGAAGAGGAUGAGCGCCAGAUCCGGGCCUUGUCAAGGGAUCCAGAGAUUGUUGACAAGAUUGUCCGAUCCAUCGCCCCUAGUAUCUAUGGCCAUUUGGAUGUGAAGACUGCAGUUGCCCUGUCCCUCUUUGGUGGUGUCAGCAAGCAAGCGCAAGGCAAGAUGAACAUUCGUGGAGAUAUCAACGUUCUUUUGCUCGGUGACCCUGGUACCGCUAAAUCGCAAGUCCUCAAGUACGUUGAGAAGACCGCCCACCGUGCCGUCUUCGCCACCGGUCAAGGUGCCAGUGCCGUUGGUCUCACAGCCAGUGUGCGUCGUGAUCCUUUGACCAGUGAAUGGACCCUUGAAGGUGGUGCUCUCGUGCUGGCGGACCGCGGUACCUGUCUCAUUGAUGAGUUCGACAAGAUGAACGACCAGGACCGUACUUCCAUCCACGAAGCUAUGGAACAGCAGACUAUCUCCAUCUCCAAGGCUGGUAUCGUCACCACUCUGCAAGCCCGCUGCGCUGUUGUCGCAGCAGCAAACCCCAUCGGUGGCCGAUACAACAGCACGGCGCCGUUCUCCGCCAACGUCGAACUUACCGAGCCCAUCCUGUCCCGUUUCGAUAUCCUCUGCGUCGUCCGCGACUUGGUCGAACCGACCGAAGACGAGCGUCUGGCCAAUUUCGUCGUGGAAUCGCACCAUCGCGCAAACCCCACUCGCCCCACGCGAGAUGGGGAUGGCAAUCUCUUCAACGCCAAGGGACAGAUGGUCGACGAAGAAGGCUAUCGCAUUGAUGAAAAGGGUAACCGUCUUCCCCUGACACAGGAGGAAAUCCAGGAGCGUGCAAACGUCAAGCUCAAGGAAGCCGAGGAGCGAGAGGGUGAGAUUCCUCAGGAACUCCUCCGGAAAUACAUCCUCUACGCUCGCGAGCACUGCCACCCCAAGCUCUACCAAAUCGACCAAGACAAGGUCGCCCGUCUCUUCGCCGACAUGAGACGUGAGUCCCUAGCAACGGGCGCCUAUCCCAUCACUGUCCGUCACCUGGAAGCUAUCAUGCGUAUCGCCGAGUCUUUCUGCAAGAUGCGUCUAUCGGAAUACUGCUCGUCGCAGGACAUCGACCGCGCCAUCGCCGUUACUGUCGACUCCUUCAUCGGCAGCCAAAAAGUCAGCUGCAAGAAGGCUCUCUCCAGGGCUUUUGCCAAAUACACACUCUCCCGCCCCAAGCCCCAAUCCCACCGUAAAGCCGGCAUCGCCGCCCCGGACCCGUUCAACCUGCGGAGCUCUCGAGCGCGGUAGACGCGCAAUAGACCUAAGCCGUUUCUAUUUGCUCUUCACCCAUCCUCUCUUAUUCCAGUAGAGAGGGCUGGACUGGCUUAUUCCUAUUAUCACGACAUGAUUUGUUUCGCGGUUAUGCACAACACAACACGGAUGAAUCGAGGUUCUUCAUUCUCGGUUAAUAUAUUGUCGGGCUUAUUUCUUUUCAUUUCUCUUUUCUUUUGCUAUUCUUCUUGAUUUGUCUAGGGGUUCUACGGGGUUGGGUCGGGCGCGCGAUGAAUAUGAAUGUGUUUUCUAAGGCUUCUUUGACUUUGACUUUGACUUGCUCUGGAUAUACUCCGUCCGUAUGGAUAUGAUUUUUGUGGUGGGUUACUUAUCGUACCCUUGUUUUUUCUUCAUCUUUUUUCUAUGGAAUAAUACAUGCAAAUAAAUAAAU